AUGGAGGCAAAUAGUAAUGGUGGUGGAAGUAGUAAUUCAUUUUUAGAUUUGAAAAAAGAAGGAAAUAGUUCAAAUGGUGGCGAAAAAGUAUUUGUUACAAUCGGACAACAUAAACUUGAUUUAAAAAUGAAAAGUGCUAGAACUUCAAAUAUUCCAGAUUUACAAGAUAUAUCAAUUGAGCAUCAACCACCACCUCCACCUUGUCCAUAUGAUCAUUUAGUUUUAGUUGUCCAUGGUAUUGGUAAACAUGAUUCAGGAUAUUUUGAAAUGAUUGAAAAAUUAAAUAAAAAAUUUGAUAAAAUGUUUGCAUAUGGUAGUAAUUGUGGUAUGAAAAGAGUUAAAUUUAUUGCAAUUGAAUGGCAUUCAGUUAUUAGAGAAGAUUUAGGUACAAUUAUACAAGAUGUAACACCAGCAUCAACACAUGCAAAAUCAUUACCAAAAGCAAUUAGAGCAGCAAUUGAUGAUAGUUUUAUGGAUUAUGUUUUAUUUAAUGAUUUUGAAUUUUCAAAGAAAAUCUAUACCGAAGUUACAGAUCAAUUAAAUAAUCAAUAUAUGGAAUUCUUAAAAACUUAUCCAGCAUUCGAUGGAAAAGUAUCAUUAUAUUCCCACAGUUUAGGUUCACUCAUUUGUUAUGACAUUUUAACUAAUCAACCAACCGAUGCAUUAUGUCAAUCAGAUGAUCAAAGACAAUUUGUAAAAGAUGGUGAUAGUAAUAUAGCAAGUUGGAAAAAAUUUAGAGCAUCUCAAUUACAUCAAGAGAAAUUACAACAUUUGGAUGUAAAUCCAAUAAAAAGAGAAUUCAAACAUCCACAUAGCUCAACUUUCUUACCAUUGGUUUUUCAAACUUAUAAUUUAUUUACAACUGGUUCUCCAAUUGGUAUAAUUUGUGGUUUACGUCGUUAUAAUCAUUUUCCAAUUCCUUCAGUUAUUAAUUGGUUUAACAUUUACAAUAUUUGUGAUCCAGUAGCUUAUUUAAUUGAACCAUUAAUUGAUAAAUCUUUUAAACAACUUCCAACUUAUUUCCUCCCAAAAUUUAGAACUGGUUCAAAAAAAAAAAGUAAUAAUAAUGGUGAUUCCUCUUCAGAAGAUGAGUUGGAAAGUUUAUUUAUAAAUAAAAGAGCUUCUUCAACUUUAACUGAUGAGGUUAAUGGUAAUAAUUAUAAUAGUAAUAAUAGUAAUGUAGAUCAACCACCACCACAACAACAACAACAACAAUCUCAACAAUCUCAACAACAACCACAAAAUCCAGACUCUUCAAAAGAUGAAAAACCAUUUUCAAACUAUAGAUUCGAUUAUGCAAUUAAACCUACUGGUAUUCAUAUUUCUGAAUAUUCACCUUUAUUAACUGCUCAUUCUGAUUAUUGGAUGGCCGGUAAUGUUUUAUAUUUCAUCGGUAAUAGUUUAAAAUAA